GUUUUUUUCCCCUUUCUUUCUUCUUCGUUUAAAGCUUUUUUAAAAAAAAAUUGGCUUCCCACACUUGUUACGUCCUCUUCCUCUUCAUCGGAGAAGGAGAGAGCUUUUGUUUCUGAAAUGGAUAUGUGUUUGAAUUUGUGUUGUAGGGCGUUUGUGCUGAGGAUUGUUUCGAGAAAUCAGAUAUGGUGUUCAACAAGAUGCUCUUCUUCAGCUCAAAGAGAUCCUCGAGAUCUUCCGAUAACUCUCCGAGCGGAUCCGAUAAGAAGAAAUCGAAAUCCAAUUCCGAAGAGGAAAUCCGAAGGCCUAAUCAGAGCUUCGCUUCUAGCUUCGCCGGAGUUAUAUGUGGUUUAAAGGAGAAGAAGCAUGGUUCGUCAAAGCGGAAAGAAACCUCGUCCGAUCAAGCUCAAUCUCCAAUCCCUAGCCAAUCGAACUCGUCAGCUUCCGUUUCCGAGGCGAAGGAACCAAAUCCUGAAACCUCUGCCUCACUUCUGGAUUUAAAUCAAACCAAGACAAGAUCUGAAUCGGGAACUGGUCAAUUCGAUGCGUCAACUAGCGAUUCUCGCCCUGUAGGAAUCUCAGAAUUUGGCAUACCAGAGAUUUCGUUUGGAGUGGAAACUCCAAAAGAGUCAGAAUCCCCACACUUGCAAGCCUUGCUUCGCAUCAGCAGUGCUCCACGAAAGUGGGAUUCUAGAUACGUAAAGAGCUUCUCGCAUGAGCUCAAUUCCAAAGGUGUACAGCCUUUCCCUCUAUGGAAGCCUCGUAGGUCAGAUAGGUCGGAGGUAACCUUGAGGCUUAUUUGUCUUUUCGAGAAAGCAAAGGAAACAGUAAAUUCAGAUCUUUCCUUAUUUGCUUUGGCCCUGGUGGAUAUGCUUAAGAAGGAUUCGGGAAGUCUCCCCGAGUUUCAGGUAGCCAUAGAAGAUAUGUUGGUUUUGAUCAAGAGAUGCGUCUCGUCUACUCCAAAAGACUUCUGCCUUGAGUGUCUAGAGAUAGUUCAAGAGUUGGAUGACAGACGCCGGGAGCUUCCCCCAGGAGUGCUCAAGCAGAUUCACACUCGGAUGCUCUAUAUCCUUACCAGAUGUAGUAGAUUACUGCAGUUUCAGAAGGAAAGUUGGGGGCACGAGGAAGAGGCCAGUCAAUUACGUCAGUCAAGAGCCUUGGCUGUCUUGCUUUCUGCUGAAAAAUUGCCCCCCAUUGGAGAAGUUUGGGACAUUUGGGGUUCAUCUACCUUGAGGAUACCAUCCACCAAGAAAGCUUAUAGUCAGGAGCAGUGUCGAUUGAAUUGGGAGGAAGACAUUGUCUAUCGUCCAGCAGCUCCCUCUCCUCAUCCCUACAAUGAAACCUCAGAGGCUUCUGAAUUGUCUGCAAACACACUUCCAUCUCCAGCGUCGAAGGGUGUAAAAGAAGCUGCGAAGGUGAUUGAAAAUGGUGAUGAUAUCGCUGCUGCUAAGACGCCGGUCAGUCGUCCCGCAGAAUCGUCUCAUGAACAAGAAAAGUCCAACCAUCGGCACAAAAUAACCUGGGGUUCUUGGGGAGAUGAUGAGUCGUGUAUCUCUGAGGAAAGUUUAUUUAUGUGUCGUAUAUGCGAGGGAGAAGUCCCCACCACCCACAUGGAAUAUCACUCUCUAAUCUGUGCAAUGGUUGAGAAAUGUGACCAAAGGGGUGUGAGUGUGGAUGAGCGGCUGGUGGCAGUUUCUGUGACUCUUGGCAAAAUAACAGAGAUCUUGAUGCAGAGGGCAACCCAAGCAGCGAGAGAAAGCCCAGAUGGAAUGAAAACGUCUAACGCCAGCUCCGGAGAAUCUGACGUUCUCUCCCUAAGGCUAAGUGACUACUCAAAAAAAGGGUUGGAAGACAUGUUUUCCUCUUUUCUGGAGUCUGAUAGUUCAGCAGCAUUCAUGGAUGAUAUGAGAUACUUAACUUCAGUGUCAUGCAUAACUCGUUUUGGUCCCAAGUCUGAUCAAGGCAUGACUCCUAUAUCCCCUAAACCCAAUCCAGUUGAAUCGUUAUUAGAAGGCAAGGGUACAUUCAAGGGCUUGGAUGUUUCACAUGUAUGUAAUGGUUCUACUCUAUGUUCAUAUCUUCUAGCUAGUCUUUUGAUAUUGAGUAUGCUGACUGACGAGCAACACCCUGAACAGCUGUUUAUGCAGAUAACUGGGCUUGCUGACAUUGCAAGAUCCGCGGCAAAUACCAUUCCAGAUGAUGAUCAGUCCCAUCAGGUUUUACUUUCUUGUCUUGAUAACUUGAAGGUUGUCGUAGACCGUAGAAAGUUUGAUGGCCUUGUAGUUGAAACUUUUGAAUCAUGCAUCGAAAAGUUAAUACAAGAAAAGUAUCUUCAGCUUUGCGAGCUUCAGGAUGGUGGAAAGGUUAACCUAUCAAGCACAGUAAUUGAUGAAGACGCUCUUUUAGAAGAUGGCGUUGUUCCUAGCUUGAGGACCAGCCCAGUGCAUGUACAUCCGCGGCGCCGCAUAUCCAUAAAGGAUUUCGAGCCAGUUAAAAAUAUUAGUAGCGGAGCUUUCGGGCGAGUCUUUUUGGCUAGAAAGAGAACAACAGGAGACAUAUUUGCUAUUAAGGUUCUGAAGAAGGCAGAUAUGAUCCGCAAGAAUGCUGUUGAAAGGAUAAUUGCUGAACGAGAUAUUUUGAUCAAAGCACGCAAUCCCUUUGUGGUUAAAUUCUUCUAUUCUUUUACUUCUCGCGAGAACCUAUAUCUUGUGAUGGAAUACUUGAAGGGAGGGGAUUUAUUUUCCAUGUUGGCAAAAUUAGGUUGCUUGGAUGAAUCUAUUGCCCGUGGAUACAUUGCGGAAGUAGUCCUUGCUUUGGAAUAUCUACACUCUGAGGGUGUUGUGCAUCGUGAUUUGAAACCUGACAAUUUGUUGAUUGCAAAUGAUGGUCAUGUUAAGUUGGCAGAUUUUGGUCUCUCCAAAGUCGGUCUCAUAGACAGCACAAUUGAUCUCUCUGGUCCAGUUAUCAGUGGAACGCCUCUGCUUGUUGAGGAGAAACCAAUAUCGCCAACAUCAGAGAAUCAGCAGCCUGAAAGGCAAGUUAAGCGGUCUGCGGUGGGCACUCCUGAUUACUUGGCGCCAGAAAUUCUUCUGGGGACAGAACAUGGCGCAACUUCGGAUUGGUGGUCUGUUGGCAUCAUUUUGUUUGAAUUCAUUGUGGGGACUCCACCCUUUCAUGGUUGUAAUCCUGAGAACAUAUUUGACAAUAUUCUCAACAGUAAUAUACCAUGGCCCAGCGUUCCAGAGGACAUGAGCCAUGAAGCCUGUGAUUUAAUAGAUCGUUUAUUAAAGAAAGAUCCUCAUCAGAGACUUGGAGCUAGAGGGGCGGCUGAGGUCAAGCAGCACAUCUUCUUUAAAGACAUAGACUGGGACACUCUACCAGAGAAGAAGCCUGCAUUUGUGCCGGAUUCAAAAGAUGCUUUCGACACAAGUUACUUUGUGGGUAACGUUUCGAAUGAGCAAUUUUCUCCAACCAAUGAAAAUUCAAGUGGUUGCUUGAGCAAUGAUCAUAACGAUGGGGUUGAUGAACGUGGCGAACCUGCGGAGAUGGAAACUAAUGCGUCUGAAAAUAACCCGUUCGAUAAUUUCUCGUUCAAGAACCUCUCGCAGCUUGCACAUAUCAACUAUGCUUUGAUGUCCAGAGGUCUGAAAGCUGGAGUCCAACCAUGUUUGCAACUAAAAGAACAAACAAAUUAAUGUACAUAGACAAGAGGAAGAAAAAGAAAGGAAAAGCAAAAGGGGGGAGGAAACUGAUAUUGAAACAUUAUUUGGACGCAUAACGCAGCCGCAGAUAUGCGGUUAUUAGUGUUUUGCGGUCUGUAGUGUGAUUUGAUAUUUGUUUUGGAUUUGUGGUUAAAAGAACAUGGUUUCAUUUAUGCUUUAGCGUUCCACCUUCAUAGAGAGGUUGUGAAAUGCUGCAUCUAAGUAAAUUAUGUUAAUAAUAAUCAUCUUUCAUGUAUACUGUCUUCUUUCCAAAUCUGUUUCAUAGAUUCUGAAAUGAGAGAUUCCAUUUUCAAUGCCCAUAAAUGAAUUUAAGGCACUAUUAUCAUCA